AUGUCCUCUUCAGUAUCAGAUUUACGAAACCAACCCAACACCUGGACAAAGGGAGAAUACCUAAUCUCAACCGACAUAUCCCUAAUCCCCAUCAAAACCCUAAACACCUGGUACGCCGGCGAAGAAUUCUACUGGGCAAAGCCAAUGCCGGAGCCCGCUUUGCGCGAAACAUUACAAAAUUCCCUCUGCUUCGGGCUGUAUCACAAUCCAAGCCAAAACCAACGCCAGCUAGACGAAACGCCAGAGAACGAUACAUCAUCAGACACCGCACUCGAAUUCGUCGGCUUCGCACGUUGCGUAACAGACUACACAACAUUCCUCUUCUUGACAGACGUCUUUGUCCUUUCCUCGCUCCAGGGCCUCGGGCUCGGAACAUGGCUUGUAACAUGCGUGCAGGAGGUUAUUGAGACGAUGCCUUAUCUGCGGAGAUCGCUGCUGCUUACUGGGGAUUGGAAGCGGUCUGUGCCGUUUUAUGAGAAGGUUAUGGAUAUGGAGAUUAUGGUAUGUAACCCUCCGAUUGAUGGGAAGGAUGCGGUGGGCUUUGCUGUUAUGCAGCGGAAGUCUUGGGGGGCUCCUGGGUUCGGGGAAAUGCCCUAG